CCCGAGCUUCUUGCAUUGAUGUUCGAAGACUGCAUCGCAUGCUCAAACGAAUCUGGAAAACCUACUACCUACGAGCCAACUACCUGAUAUUCGCGCAUGGUCCUGGCAGCUUGUAUGGUGCUCGGAUGGGAUGAAGGGUCUACCAAAGCCCACGUCUCCAGCUUUCCUCCUUCGCCUGAGACCACAAAAGGCUUUCGUUUGAUGUUCAGAUCACUGCCUUUUUCCUUUCCGGAUGUUACACGUGUACGUGUAUGACGUACAUGCGUGGGCGGUCCCUUGCCUUCCGCAAGUUCUCCCCACUAUGUGUGUCUGGCGUGGGCGGGAUGACGUACAUGUGUAGAGCAACACAUGUCACAUCACACUCCAAUAAUUAAAGGAAGCUCUUGUAAUAGAGGGUUCACAUCAGCAAUCAAAGCGAUCACCACUGACAACAUUCUCAUCAUCCAUGAAUUUAUAAUGUCAGGUCAAUCGAACGUUGGAAACAGCCAGGUCUAUGAGGCCGGUGACCAGCGGAACCCCAAGGCGUCCGAAAUGGGAUCUGGUACCCGGUAUCAUGAGGGAACUGCGCACGCACAUAAAUCCAACGACUCCAAGGACCAACGGUCCCUGGCUAACCGAGCAGCCGCCGAGAAAUCCUCAGAGGCAGAGGAAUCCCAGGAGACAGCAUUGCACAAGAAAGACCCGACUCUCCCAGCCAACCAGCAUGGGAACAAGCCGAGCCGUGGGGCGGAUAUCGAUGCUGAGCUGCAGGCCGAGGAUAAGGCGAUACUCAACAAGAAGGGCGGCCAGAACAUGCCCGGCAAGAACAUGUAACGAGCCAAUCUGAGUUGCGAAUGUCAUGGAUGCGAUACUGCCGAGUUUGAGGGGCC